AUGCCGCAUCGCGUCGACCAGCACUCCUUCCAGAUGGCCUCUUCCCCGUUCGUCCUCUCUCCUCCUCCUCUCUAUUCUACCCCUCUUAACUCUUUUCUCGCAUACGACAGACGCACAAGGCACUUUGACGCCAAUGGCAACCACCGCGUCGGCUCGCCCCCGCCGCCCAUCGCGACCAUGUCCACAUCCACAUCCACAUCCACCGACCCACACUCUCACUCACCCAGCCCCUCUCUUUCUGUAUCCAUCGACCGUUCCUCCAACUCGACGCCGCACAUCCGCCGUUCGCCCCCAAGCCACCAGGCAUACGCCAACACGAGUGCCAAUCCGACGUAUGACGGCGUGAUGCCAUCCCAAUCGCAAUCAGGCGGGCGUCACGCGAGCGGUGGCAGCUCAAACGCGAACGGCAGUAACGGUAAUAAUAGCUCCAACGCGCACAGCAACGUCAACGCCAGCAAUGGCACCGGCACUGGCACUGGCAGACAGGAUUCCGCCCAGCCGGUGCAGCAUCCUGGGUAUAUCUACUCCCCCAGCACAUCCUUUGAUCAGCACCCGCGGUACGAUCCGCACCACCACCAGCAACACCACUACGCCGUCCCGCCCCCGCCGCCCUUCGGCCACCCGCACGCAUACGCUUUGCACCCCAUCCACCACACCCACCCGCUCCAACCCGCCCCUGUCGGCGCUGGCCCCGGAACGACGCAUCACCCGCACCACGCCGUGCAGCACCACGCACACGCACACCCGCACGCGCACCACGCACCGCAUCAUCAGGCGCUGCCGCAUCAUCAAGCUAUGGGAUCUGACUAUGUUGGGCGCGGAGCGUAUCCGUCUGGGAUGAUGCCUGGUGCGCCGCAUGGGCAUGUCGGGCCGCAUAAUGGACAUGGCCAUGGGCAUGGACAUCAUCCGCAGGGAGGCCAGCCUGUUACUAUUGUGCAUACCGACGACGCAGCGACAAAGUUGACGGAUGGGAUUCGGAGGAGGUGUUUUAAUUGCUGCACGACCGACACGUCAACAUGGCGCAGGUCGAAUUUGAGUCCUGGCAAAGUGCUCUGUAACAAGUGCGGUCUAUUCGAACGCACACACUCGCGUCCGCGCCCUGACCAAUUCCCACAUAAGCGCGGCCCGCUCGCGGGGUCCACGCUGGGCGCUGCAUCGGGCGUCGGCCCGCCUCUCCCUUCAUCCUCCUCUUCUACAUCCACCACUUCUUCGGGGGUGGGUGUGGGGAGACGAACGCCGCCCGGUGCGAACCAGCUGCCUCCUAUUAAUUCUAGUUCUGGUGUAGUGGGCGGGGUGGGUGUGGGAGGGACGGGGGUGCAGGGAGGAGGAGCGGGGUAUCAGUAUAGUCAUCAGAGUAUACCGCCUUUGGGCGGGGAGUAUGCGCAGCAGAAUCAGGGAGGUGCGCAGGGGCAGGGCGGGGCGCAGGGACAGGGGCAGGGUGGAGCACAGACGUUGCCUGGUCUUGGAGCGUGGCAUGGUGCUGGUGCUGGUGCUGGUGCUUCUUCUGGUACCACUGCCAACGGCAACGGCAACGGCAACGGCGUCGAAAGCAAUGCAAAUGGAAAUGGAAAUGGCAAUGGUGCAGGAGAAGGAGGAGGAGGAGGAGAAGCGCAUUCGCAUCCUUCGUCUGCGACGGGUACGCCCCUGUUGGGGUCUAGGAGGUCCACGAUGGAUUAUACACACGGGCACGGGCAUGGGCAUGGACAUAGUGGGCAUGGACAUAGUCCGCGGAUGUCCCCGCGCGAGCGGGAGAGGGAACGCGAGAGGGAGCGCGACCGCGAUCGCGAGAGGGAGAGGGAAAGAGAUAGGGAUAGGGAGCGAGAUAGGGGGGACAGAGAUAGAGGUGAUAGGGACAGAGACAGAGAGAGGGGGGACAGGGGGGAGAGGGAGAGGGAGUUUCACGAUUUAUCGUCGAAUGCGGCUGAUAAGUUGCGAAGUGGGAUUUCGUCGCCUUUGAAUGGUGUUGGUGUGUUGCAACAACAGCAGGGGCAGCAACAACAACAACAACAGCAGGUAGGAGCAGGAGUAGGAGGAGGAGGGGGGGAGGGAGAGGGCGGGAGGACGACGCCUGCAUAG